AUGAAAAUAAAGUCACUCAUUCUCUUCUUGUCGCACAAGAAAAUCGAAACAAACUGCAAAGGACAGAUCGAUUGUUCAAUCCAAAGAUGGUGGCUCAACCAGAGGAUGAUCCGAUGGCGGAGAAGAAUCCAAAGCCUUUGGAUGAAGACGAUAUCGCGUUAUUGAAAACUUAUGGUUUAGGUCCAUAUUCUAAUAGCAUCAAGAAAGCGGAAAAAGAAAUCAAAGAGAUGGCCAAAAAGGUCAAUGACCUUUGUGGUAUCAAAGAAUCAGACACUGGGUUAGCUGCACCCAGUCAAUGGGAUCUUGUAUCAGAUAAGCAAAUGAUGCAAGAGGAGCAACCUCUCCAGGUUGCAAGAUGCACAAAAAUAAUCAAUCCAAACACAGAGGAUGCUAAAUAUGUUAUUAAUGUAAAGCAAAUUGCUAAGUUUGUUGUGGGGCUGGGUGACAAAGUUUCCCCCACUGACAUAGAAGAAGGCAUGCGUGUGGGAGUGGAUCGCAACAAAUAUCAGAUACAGAUUCCCUUGCCUCCAAAAAUUGAUCCAAGUGUGACCAUGAUGACUGUGGAGGAGAAGCCUGAUGUCACCUAUAAUGAUGUUGGUGGAUGCAAGGAGCAGAUUGAAAAGAUGCGAGAGGUUGUUGAGCUGCCCAUGCUACAUCCUGAGAAAUUUGUUAAGCUUGGGAUUGAUCCACCUAAAGGUGUUCUCUGUUAUGGUCCUCCUGGAACUGGUAAGACCCUUCUAGCGAGGGCUGUGGCAAAUAGAACAGAUGCUUGCUUCAUCCGGGUUAUUGGAAGUGAGCUUGUUCAGAAAUAUGUCGGUGAGGGAGCUAGGAUGGUGCGAGAACUUUUCCAGAUGGCACGUUCCAAAAAAGCAUGUAUUGUGUUCUUUGAUGAAGUUGAUGCUAUUGGGGGUGCACGCUUUGAUGAUGGUGUUGGUGGAGAUAAUGAGGUGCAGCGAACAAUGCUUGAGAUUGUCAAUCAGCUUGAUGGGUUUGAUGCCCGUGGAAAUAUCAAAGUUCUGAUGGCAACUAACAGGCCGGACACCCUGGAUCCUGCACUUCUACGUCCUGGACGAUUGGACCGCAAGGUUGAGUUUGGUCUUCCUGAUAUGGAGAGCCGGACUCAAAUCUUCAAAAUCCAUACAAGAACUAUGAAUUGUGAAAGGGACAUUAGAUUUGAACUUCUUGCCCGACUUUGUCCUAAUUCUACAGGUGCUGACAUAAGGAGUGUCUGCACAGAGGCUGGAAUGUUUGCAAUACGAGCGAGAAGGAAGACGGUAACUGAGAAAGAUUUUCUGGAUGCUGUGAACAAAGUCAUCAAGGGUUACCAGAAGUUUAGUGCAACUCCAAAAUAUAUGGUAUACAAUUAAGUUGAAGGCCGCCGACAGGGGAACUGUGUUUCUGUUAUUGACGACGUUAUUCCCAAAUUAUGUUUAAACGGGAAUGCCAGACUUGGAAAUCAAGAUUUAGUUGAAUUAAUACAUUUAUAAAAGGAAAAAAAAAUGUUUGCAAUAUUUCAUUGGGUUUUUUUAUAAAA